AUGUUCGGCCUACAAGAAGCCAAGCGCAUACGGCGCGCAGAGCUCUACUCUCCCCAAUCCUCCCCACGCUCGUCGCCCGACCCAGCCCUAACCGAACUGUUACGCUCCAGAGUCCAGCAUAAAUUUGACGCCAUCGACCGUUCAGCACAACCCCAGAACAAUGGAAACAACCACGAACAAAGCGGAGAUGAGCUCGAGUUCCGCCUCUUCGCCACUCCCACCACCGUCACGACCAGCGGCCCCCAGAAAAUACGGCUGCGUUCCCCCUCGCUAGACAAUGCCGCGUCGGGUUUUGUACAGCCUUAUCGCCCAUCGAGCUAUUACUUCACUGGGGACCUAUCCACUGCGGAAUUGGAGCGCCUCGAGAGUGUUGCGGUGAGCGGAGACGGCGUGAUUGUGAGGUCGCGCAGCCCAUGGCCCGGUUCCGCAUAUGCAUGGAAAGUCACUACCGUCUCAGCUGCUAGCAAGGUCAGGAGUAGCACUACCGAAGAAACACAGCGAGGCGCGGGGGUGGGAAAGAGGAAGCGAAUUGGGAAGAAGCACCGCAUUGCGCUACGGAAGAAGGCGCAAGUGGAAGCGGAGAAGAAAGCGGCGGCGACCAGGACGGCUGCGGAGAGGGAGGCGGCAGAAAGGGAGAAGAGGACGAAGAGGAAUAGGGAGAAGAAGGUCAAGAAGAAGGAGAAAGAGAAGGCUAAGAAGACGGCGGCCAAAGCUGGGGAGGUUCUGAGUGGGCCUGGAGACGGAUCUGAUGCUGACAGCCCGUGA